AUGGUACACGGCAAACCUCGACAUAGCCAAUCACAGGGCAGUGUUGAACGAGCCAAUCAGGAUAUUCAAAACAUUUUGAUGACGUGGAUGUCGGAUGAAAAAUCCUCAAAAUGGUCAGAAGGUCUCAAAUUCGUACAAUUACGAAAAAAUUCAGCCUACCACGACGGUAUCAAGAGAACACCGUAUAAAGCAAUGUUUGGAAGUGAAAUAAAAGUUGGUUUGAAGUCAUCGUCUCUGCCCGAAGAAGUGAUAGGCCAGUUAACAACGGAAGAAGACCUAGAAGAAGUUGUAGAUAACUUGGAUGAUAACGACUUGAAUGGGAAAAAGCAGACCUCUGAACAUCAUAAUCCAGACAAUACCUGCACGCUUUGUGAAGAACAUGGCAUUCUAAUUGAGGAAAAGACAUGUCCCCUCUGUACAAAAGAAGCAGAUAUUGAAUAUAAUCGUUCAGAAGCAAAAUUGAAUUUACAGUAUCAAGCCAUUAAAAUGAAGCAAGGUUCUGCUGCGAAGUUUCCAGAAUGUCAUAUAGGCGAUACUGUGAGAGUGAAAAUACCGGAAGUAGACCGUGGCCGAGGUGAUUUUAGGAAUAUUUUGUUGGCAGUCUUAGAAAAGAACGACGAUGGACCCUAUAAAUUGGGCAACGAAAACGGCACAAUCGAAGAGUUAUUUUCGCGAAAUCAGUUCACAGUUUGUGAACAAAAAUUUGUACAAUUAGAAAAAGUCUCGUCAUUGAAAUCGACUAUUCGACAGCUUGCUAAUGAGCAGUCAACAUCAGGUGGACAAGGAUACCAACGAUGUCACUGUAAAACAAAUUGUGGUACACGAAAAUGCCGCUGCCGAAAUAAUAAUAUUCUUUGUAAUUCGAAAUGCCAUUCUAGUUUGUCAUGUUCUAACAAAUAG